AUCAUUUAUUGUGAUUCUUAUGUUAAAGGCUGAGAUGUUAGAAGAGUAUUCCAGAUGGAAUAUAUAAAAUUUUCCUUGAAUUAAAGAAAAAGAAAUAGUAUAAAACGAUAUUUUAGGUGAUAAACUGAUAACCUCAAUAAUGGCUAAUGAGAGUGUUCUGGAUAAGGAUUCGUGUUCUUGUAUAUAUGAUCCAAACUUCGCAGUCAUAUAUAUGUUCCUCGACAAAUUUGCAGAUGAGUGUGGUAUAAGCAAACCAAGUAUUACCGAGUUAGCUUUUAUGCUCGAGAGUAAUGAUCAUGUCGCCCCAGCAUUACAGGACAUCCAUGUGAAGCUUCUGAGAAAAAUGAAAAAAAUGGUUCCUUAUGGCAAAUGGGAAAACACGCUGGCAAAAUUUGUUCAUACAUAUUCAAAUCAAGAUGCAUGGGAAAUUGAAAGAUUUGGUUACAAAAACGCACAGAUAGCUGUCAAACUUCGGGUUUUGAAGGCAUUGGUGGAAACACAAUUUGACCGCAACGUUAAAUUUAAAGGACAUAUUAAUAGCAUACCUGCCGAACAACUUCGUAGUGAGCCAGUUGGUAGGGAUAGAUUCGGUAACAUAUACUGGUGUAUAAUGGAUAAACACUGUAAUGUGAGAAUAUUCCGAGAAAACGUGGAUGAUGAAACGUGGUGUGUAGUGGCCAGUAAUCGAAAUGAACUAGAACAACUGAUAAAGACAUUAACAUUGAGCAAAAGCAAUGUUUCUUUUACUCAGGAUACCUCUGAAGACAACAGUAGUAACAGCAAUUCAUCUUGUCCAGGAAAAGAUGAUACGGACCGUCCUCAUGUGGUGGAUAACAAGAGCUGUGAGAAAAACGAAUCCGAGGAUAUCAGUCACAACCAAGCAAACUGCGAAAACAACGACACAACACUCUCAAAUAAUGGGAACGAAGUGCUUGAUUCCAGUCCUACACCUCUUGGAUCUCCUACAGAAACUAGCCCCAUUGACACAGAAAACGACAGCAACUACGUUGGUGACACAAUAGAGGAACCUUUGGUUAUUAUAACCGGUUCAGGUUCAGGAUCUAAUUGCGAGGCAUGUCCUAUAUUUAGCGAAGUUGUUGAGGGACCUACAAUUUAUGUAUAUGGAUUGGGGAAUGGCGAAGAAGUUGGAAUGGGUAAUGUAAAAAUGAGUGACAGUAGCACUGGUAAUAGUCCUGAACUGAAAACCCCGAAAGAAACUAAUUUAAUUAUUACAUCAACGGAUGCAUCAACUGUUACAAUCACUGAUAAUACCGGAUUAGACGAAUGCGACGAAGAAACUAAAACAAGUUUAGUUAGAAAUUGCACCGAUCUUCCACCUAAGAAAAAAAUACCCAAAGGUUAUUUUGUUAGUUCCGAUAGAAAAGACUCUCAAAUGUGUAACGAAAAUGUACAUGCAAAUGUAACUGAGUGUUCUCAAAGUUCCGACGAUGAUUUUCAAAAAAAAGCUGAGGUAACUGGAACCCAAGAUGAGAAACCUAUACUAGAAUACGAAAAUAACACAUUACCUGUUGAAAUCAGCACGCUUGAAAAUUCUAUCAAGAGCAUCGCAAACGAAGGAAGGGCGGAUAGCGAAGUAACCACAAGAGAGAACUAUGAAAUAUGUUCGAACGGUACAGAUGCAAAACUUGAAAGCAUGCAUGAAAAUGACAUAUUAAUACACGGGGAAACGAAAGAAUCUGAUCGCAUCGAUAUGGAUACUGAUGAGACAAAUACUGUUUCUGAUCUAAUCUUAAGUACGGAGGUAAAGAAUGAAAAAGUAGAAAUUCCUGUUUCUGCAUGUAAAAAUCAUAUUAAGACAGAAGUAAGGGAUACGAAUGUCCUACACGAAACAGAGAAAUCCGUAGAUUGUUUGCGUAUUGUUAGCGUAAACGAAUGCAAAAAGAAAAUUAGGAAAAGUCGAAAGUCUAAAACAGGGAUGGUUGAUGGUCUAGACACUUCCCAUAUUCUUAUUGAUAAAACCGACGGCUCACCUCCCGUUCGACAAUCGCGGAGAAUAGCGCAGCAAAAAAUUCGCGAAGAAACGAACCGGCGGAUGAUAGAAGAGAAGAUGCUCCGAGAAAUGAAAGCAGAGGCAAUGAAAAAGAAAAACGUGGAAAUGUCUCAAUCUGAAGAUGAGGAAUACGUUGUGCACAACGAUGACGAUUUCGAGAAUAUAGAAUACAACAAAAUUAAAAAAAAGAAAAUUAGUGAUAAACCAUGGCUUUCAUCAACAUCCGAAAGUAGCAGUGAAUCAGAAAUAGAUGAUGACUACAUCGAACCAGAGCGCUCAGAAGGCCCACCAUCUUCUUAUAAAUCAGAUCACGAAUUUUCUCCAGAGUCGGAUUUGGAGAACGAAAGUAUUAUUCCAAUUAAAAGAGCUCGUACCGUGCGAGGGGAAAAUGAAUAUAUUUCAAAUGAGAAUGAUUCAUGCCUUGAUCACAAUUGCCAGAAAUGUGGCAAAACCGAUCAUCCAGAAUGGAUUUUGCUUUGUGACUCGUGCGAUAGAGGCUACCAUUGCUCAUGUCUAAGUCCCGUUUUAUUCAUCAUACCAGAAGGAGAAUGGUUCUGUCCUACAUGUCAACAUGACAAGCUGAUUGCUAACUUGCAAACAACAUUAUUGCAACAUGAUGAAUAUUGUAAACAACGCUCUUCAGAAGAAAUGCAUGAGAAACAGCAAAAAUGUGUUAAGAUGAAUUAUGAUAGUGAUUCAAAGUCAGGACAGGUAAUAAGGAAUAAAGUCGGGUUGAAACUUUUUGUAGAAGAUUCCGAUUCUGACAAUUAUGCAUCUGACAAAGAUAGGACACAUAGUUCCUUGUCGUCUCCGGCGUCUAGAAAUAAAUCUACUCAUGGACACGAGGACCUGUCUGAAUUAGAACACGAUGAUAUGUCUUCUUAUAGAUUGAGACGGAGACGACAAAACAAUUUGAACUAUAGAUUCAAUGAAUACGAUGAUCUGAUCAACUCGGCGAUACACAAGAGUGCAGCACAAGACCCAAAAUGGCAUGUGACUGAAAAUGCUGCGGAACACAUUGACGGAAUCAAGACAGAAGAUAAAAAAGAAGAAGAAAUUAAAUCCCCGUGCAAAUCUCCCGUAUUUGAGAAAAAACCUAAACGCAAUAAAGAAACCGCGAAAAAGAAAAAAAGAUUGAACAAUCUAGAUGUAAGCUCAGAUGAUGAUUGUGGUUCCGACGAAGAUUUUAAACAAGAUCAAUCGACGAGCGAUGAGGAAGAUGAGAGUUUGUCCAUGACGGAAGAAAGCGAGAGUUCAUUGGAAUGUUUGAAAUCGAACAGGUUUCGUGCUGUUUCCAAACGGAAGUUGGAUAUGGAGUUCAUUGACGAUGACAGUGAUAAAAGUGAUUAUAAUAUUCGUCCGAGAAAUAACAGAACAAAAAGAAUUCUAGAUGAAUCUGAUGAAUUUGAUGAGGAAGAUCUUACUGAAAGUGAAGAAAUAGACAGUGAGGAAUUAUGCAACGAUACUGAAACGGACAGUAGUGCAGAUCGAAAGGCCAGAAAACGCACAGUUAUUCGUAAGAAUGCUCCGAAAAUCAAUGUUCCCGCUAACAGUAGAAAAAAGCAAACCGUUUCCAAAAUCAAUUCAAAGGAAGAGGAUUUGAAAGCGAAGGAAAUAAACAAAGAAUCUGAUUCUGAUGAAUCCGUUACGGACAAAAUGUCGAACACGAAAAGACGAACGAGAGGAAGAAAGCUUCAUUACAUUUUGGAUGACGAUUUCCAAAGCUCCGACGACGGGAUAACUCCUGGCGUUCAACGACCAGAUACUCCUCCAGAAGAGCGUGAACGUUUCAUACAAAAACAAGAAGAAAUUAAACGGAUGCUUGCCGAGAAAAAUACUGCUGCAGCUAAGGAGCUGGCGACGCCAAAAAUAAUUCCUUUGUCAGAGACGAGUGACAAGAAACAACUUACUCUGUCUAUUGUACCGCCUCAAAUCAUCGAAAACGCUAAAGAGCUUGACAUAGACUUUUUGAAAAGCUCUAAAAAUGCAGAUUCAGAUGAUUUUGACGAGGAUUUAGCCGUUAACUUUCCAGAUUCCGAUGAAGUGAAUGAAGAAGACUUGGCAAAAAUAAUGGAAGAUGAGGACUUUGCUCAACAUCAUCUAAGGCAGAGUGAUGAGGAACUUGUGAAAAGUAAAUCAUUGUUUGUCGAUAACACUAUCAAGAAAAAAACAAGAGACUUCAAUAGCAUCGACCCUGAUAAAAUAACCAUGGCUGAAAAAAGGAACCCAGGUAUUGACAAUGUUUUGAGGAUUCCUGAAAAAAGCACGCUAAACAGUAGAGUGUCUGGUACAGUCGAACAUACAACUAAUCGGUUUAUACCCGGCAAAUUAGGUGAAUCUGGAAAUAUGCUUCCAGAAUCUUCACUGUCGUACUAUCAUCAGCUAUUACCACUACCGACAUCGAGCCUUUUGCAGGAAAUGAAACAGCAAGCUAUUCCGUUACAAGAUUGCGAAGAUGCAACACAGUUUGCCUCAUCCCUCAUAUCAGCUCCUGGCGCAGAUAUAAUCACACCGCCAGUUGUUCAUAUGUUCUCUCCGACUGCUCUCAAUAUUUCCAUCGACAAAAUUGAACCGUUACAACCCAAAGACAAUGCUCCAAUUAUGCGAAGGAGAAGACGGAAAAAAAUUACACCGCUUCGGGGAGAUUUGUAUAAAAUGAUGGAAAAUCGAGCAUGUGAACAAUCGAUGAACCCUUUGUCAUCCAACGUAGACAACAACGUUUCUAAUAACUACACGCUGCAAACGUGUCAAAGUAGUAGUAGUUCAAAUACAUAUUCUACUGCGUUUAUAGGAAAUGAAUCAAAAUUGGACCAACCGGAUACAUCACUCGCGAAUUGCGGAGAUCCUUCGAAUUUUCCUCGUGGAUUUACUAUGCCUCCAUUGAAUGAACAUCGGAUCUAUCGAGCAUUUCAAAAUCUAGAACCAGUCGAUAGAGAUGGUCCACCCACGGAACAGAUAACAGAUAUUACAGAAAGUAUUGACAGUGAUCAUAACGUAACGGAGAGUACUAGUGAAUUCAGCGGUUUAGUAAGUUAUUUUAGUUCGCAGCAGAAUGAAUUAAAUGCAUAAGUAUAUGCAAUA